AGGUCUGAAUGGUGUCCGUGGAUUUGUGUCCCCCUCCCUCGGAGCUGAGAAACUGAAGCGUCCUCGGACGGACUCUCCAAGUGUUUGUGCGUCAGGAAGCAGGCGAGCGUUUGUGGUUUGUUUGUUUGGAGGAAGGAAGUUUGUCAGAGGAAAAAAAGGAAAAAAGGAAUGAGCGGACUAUAAUUAUCUCUUUUCCCCUCUCUUCCUCGCAGUCCUCCGGGACGGCGGUGAAAACAUGGAGGGAACUCACUGAAAGAAAGGAGAGCGUUUCUGGACGGUGUUGAACUGGCGCAUUGACCUGUUUGGAUCAGUUUACUGGAUCAAUAUUUAUGCGGAUUGGAGCCUCGCGCGCUCUUCCUGUUGAAGGUUUAGGACGCCGGCAGUGAUGGGGGACAUCGACCUGGAGCAGCAGGACCCGUUGUCACAAGACCAGGACGGACAACAGGUGAAGAGGGGACGCGACCAGACGGACGGGGGCGGGGCCAGGGGGUGCUGCGAGAAGUUCCAGGAAGCUGUGUCCAAGUGGAUGCUUCCAGAAGACCUUCGCAGCACGUACCUGGCACGAACCAACUGCUGUCCGCCCCCCAUCUUCAUCAUCACCAUCAGUCUUGCAGAGCUGGCGUUGUUUAUCUACUACGCCGUGUGGAAGCCUCAGAAGCAGUGGGUGACCCUGGAAGAAGGCAUCUGGAACAGCCGUCUGACCUACAAGCCCGAGCUGCGGCAGGAGGCAUGGCGCUUCUUCUCCUACAUGUUUGUCCACGCCGGUGUGGAGCACAUCUUGGGAAACCUGUUGAUGCAGCUGCUGCUGGGUAUACCCCUCGAACUGGUCCACAAAGGAUUCGAGGUGGGGAUGGUUUACAUGGCCGGUGUCAUCGCAGGCUCUUUGGCCAGCUCCAUCUUUGACCCUCUCAGUGCCUUGGUGGGGGCUUCCGGAGGAGUGUACGCUCUGAUUGGAGGGUAUUUUAUGAACGCAGUGGUGAAUUUCCGGGAGAUGAUUCCCCUACUUGGAGUGUUUCGAAUUCUCGUCAUAAUCAUCAUCGUUGGAACAGAUUUUGGAUUUGCCUUUUACAGAAGAUUCAUGAGCGACGAUGCUGGGAUGAAGGUUUCCUUUGUGGCUCAUUUUGGAGGGAUCGUGGCCGGGAUGACCAUCGGCUACGUCUUCUUCAGCGAUUACAACAAGAAGCUGCUCAAAGACCCGCGGUUCUGGAUCUGUAUAGUGGGUUUUAUAAUCUUCAUUCUUUUCGCGGUGCUCUUCAACAUCUUCCUGUCUCCAGCGCCAUAGUGCGACAAAGCAGCAGUGAUUUACCUUCACUUUAUGUCACUCAGGAGUUUUACUGACGUGUUUCAGAGCAAAAUGAUGGAUUUUAUAAUGUUGUAUGUGUGUCUGGGAUUUUUUUUUAAACUUUUUUAUAACUAAAUGUAUUAGUUUGUGUGGAAGUAAUGCAACAAAUGAACCUGCUGUUUAUUUGUUGCAUUCCUGACGUUGUAGACAAAAAUGUGCCUUAGAAAGUCAGCUACUUCCCAUCACUGAUAUUUUUCUAUAUCAAGAUUUUACUGAUGCUUUAUGUCUUUGUAACAUUUCAUACUUGUCACGAUUAUCAGGAAACUAUUGAACACUGGUUGUAUUUUCUUGGAUUUAAAAGUGAUGCUUGUGUUUAUUCAUAUCCUUUCAAGUCAUCGAGGACCUCUGAUAUUCGUUAAAAUGUGCCUUUUGAAGAUGGUGAAAUUACACACUAGUUACAAACAAAUUUUGAUUUUAAAAAAGAAAAAAUUGGAUCGUAUUUUUUGUGGUUGCACGAAUGAAAGGAGAAGAAACGGAAAAUUCUGUCUGCUGCAGAGCGACUUUCCCAUGAGGCUUUGACUUCAUGCUUCGUUACUGACUCAGUCACAUCCUGUUUGCAGGACAUGACGAAUUGCAUGUCAGGUCCAUUAUUAUGAAGCAGCAUUUGGAGACGCGACGCUAUGGUUUUGGCCAUUAUCUGUCAAGGUCCAUCUAAUUUUGACUGGAAAUUGUUAAUCGUACCAUGUUAAAUAUGAAUUAUAGAGUAAUGGAUUAUCGGUAAAGGGUACUACUUUCUUUCCAGAUUUGAUACUGUUUAAUGGAACUUAUCUACGAUUACAACGAUAUGAAAGAAAGACUCCCUUUCUUGGUUUUGCAUUUCUUCUAUUUAUUUUCAAUAAAUGUGAAGACAGUUGUAAAUCUCA